AUUGGAAAUUAUUCAUUCUACAUGGUAUCAGAGCCCUAAUUCUCGGCUUCCGUUUCCUCCCUCUCUCUCUCGAUCGGCAACCUCCCCCCACCCACCGAUAUGUUCUCUCUCUCCCGGCAGCCAUGGCCGAUGAAAACUCCUCCUCCGGCAAGGUGAUCUCCACCUCCGACACCUCUUCCUCCAACAACUCCCCCCAUCUCGCCUUCACCACUAUAUCCAACAUCAAACUUCAUAUUCCCGUGCAACUAAGUCUUUCAGAGCCAAAUUACAAAAAGUGGAGCCGCUUGUUCCGUCUCUUGAUUCUUCGCUUCAAUCUCAAGGGUUUCAUCGACAGCACCACUCUUGCCUCCUCUGCGGAUGAUGCCGAAUGGUAUCAAUUUGAUGCCCUAAUUCAAGGAUGGCUCUUGUCCACAAUCACGGAUGAGGUUUCCGAUCUCGUUCUUGCCAAUAAUCUCUCCGCUCAUGCACUAUGGAAAGCUAUCUACAAUCUCUUCCAUGACAACAAGCAUGCACGGGAGAUGCAAUUGGAACACCGCUUCCGCAAUACCGUGAAAGGCAAUCGAUCUAUCAACGAAUAUUGUCGCCUUCUCAAAAAUCUCUCCGAAUACCUUGAUGAUGUUGAUGCUCCGGUGACCGAGCAUGCUCUCGUUUUACAGGUUCUCCAAGGAUUGCCACACGACAUUCGUGGCCAAGUUCAAUUUCUCGAGUACCAAAAUCCUCUCCCCACUUUUCUGGAAGUCCGGUCCGCACUCCUCCUCGUCGAACAGCAACAAUUAGACUCCAUCCAUGGCGCCGGCGCGUCGCCCACUGCCUUCCUAAGCACCGGCAGUGGCAGCGGCUUUGGGGCAGCGCACAGCGGCAAGACAGGGCGGACGGACGUGGUGGGAGCGGCGGAUAUGGCAGAGCUCCUGGCGGCGGCAGUGGUGGCGGCGGCAACCGCGGCAGGGGCCGCGGUCGAGGACGUGGCAGCGGUGGAUCUCAGCGGCACCCAUCGGGUCACUCAGCCUGGCAGUAUCCCUCCCCCCAACCCACAGCUCGCAGGACGACUAAAAGGGGAGUUUGCUAUGACAGACAUGGGUGACCUCCACUUCUUUCUUGGGAUCAAUGUUCAGUGGACCUCUCACAGCCUGUUCCUCACUCAGACUCAGUUCAUCUAUGACAUCCUUGAACAGGCCGGCAUGACCACGUGCAAGCCCGUUUCUACACCCGUGGACACCCGCGGGAAACUCUCGGCCACCACCGGCGAUCCAGCACCAGAUCCCUCUCUCUAUCGGAUCAUGGCAUACUUUGCAUACCGCGACAAGAGGUCAGGCCUAGUGCGCCUCUUUCGCGGGCCCGUCCAAGAGCCUGCGGGAUCCAACGGGUUUUCAUCACGAGGGCUUGUGACUUUUGUGCUCGGUAAGAGACGAAAGAACAAGAGGAAGGUAUACGACUCCAAGGAGCGCUACCGGCGUGCGCAUCGUAAGGCAAGGAUAACAAAACUGAAGAUCUGGAAACGCCGGAAAGCGGCGUGGGAAAGAGAUGACCCUGAGGAAACAUUCAGCAUGGACUCUGCUAAUAGUAUCUGCGGCAGAGGUGUGGAUAUUCCUCCAGUGGACUCAGCCCGACUUGACUAGUGGGUUAUUUGCUAACUUAUGGCAUAGUCGAGGACAGUGUUACGAGAAUGGAGAUUGGACGGGGUAAUGCCAAUAAUGGAGUCUAUGUUCU